AUGGAUAAUACGUAUAAGGUCAACCGCUUCAACAUGCCGCUUCUACAGAUCAUUGGUACAACAGGGCUACACAAGAGCUUCAGUAUAGGCUUCGGCCUCGCGGCUAAGGAAGACGAGGGCGCGUUCCAAUGGAUCCUCUCGCAGUUGCGUGAGGCCGGCCAGCAGGCUGAUAUUCCGGACCCGGGCGUUGUGAUUACUGACUUCGAUACCGCCCUGAAGAACGCCCUUGACUCUGUCUUUCCAUUGACACAACAGCAACUGUGCGUCUGGCACAUGAUUAAGAACGUGGUCCUUCAUAUCAAGAAGAAGUGGCACGGAUCCCUCGAUGGUACCGAGAUUGGCGGAGACAGGCCAGAAGAAGAGACUCGCCUCGCUGCAGCAGCCGCCCUCGACGAUCCGAUACAGGCAGAUGACGCUAUUGACGAGGACCGACCUAUCGACCGUGCUGCUGAUCACCAGGUUCAACAUGCCUCACAACUGGCAGAUCUGUACGUUCAGGAUCAAGAUGAUCAUAACGAUGACGAUGGAAACCCAAUACCACCCCCGGCUCCUAGGCGGGCCUUUGAGCACACAGCUGACGACCCCGCCCUCUCCCCCCAAAAGUUCUCCGCCCCUUGA